GCAAGCUUCUUCUCCUCCUCCCUUUCGGUCUCGGCUUUCCUUCCGACGCAGGCCGUAAAAAGGACCCAGCCGCUCGGCGCAGCGCAAAUCAUCAUCUGAUCGAUCGUUUGUUCUGUGAGUUGUUGUGGCAUCGAUCCAUGGGUAACCACCAGAAGCUACUCCACUUCCUCCGGCCGGACCCGGCCGCGGUGGCCGCCUGCUCGCCGAGGUCCUUCUCCUCCUCCUCCGCAUCCGUGUCGGACGAUGACGGGUACAGCUGCUCGUCCUACCCCACCACGGACGGGGACGCCUCGCCGUCCCGCUACGGCGGCUCCUCCACCCCGCCCACGCCCAGGUCGCCGUGGGCGCACCUCCCGGGCCUCGGCGCCGGGGGUGAUGUUGCCGAACCGGGGGCCACGGGCCUCAUCGCGUCGCUGGUCAAGGAGGACGGCCACGUCUACUCGCUGGCGGCGACCGGGGACGUUCUUUACACCGGAACCGACUCCCGGAACGUGCGCGUGUGGCGGGACCAGCGCGAGCUCGCCGGGUUCAGGACCGCCAGCGGCCUCGUCAAGGCCAUCGUCGUGGCGGGCGACCGGCGCAUCUUCACCGGCCAUCAGGACGGCAAGGUGCGCGUGUGGCGCGCCGACGCGGACAACCCCGCCGUGCACCGCCAGGUGGGGUCGCUCCCGAAGCUCAAGGACUACCUCAAGAGCGCCGUCAACCCCACCAGCUACGUCGAGACGCAGCGCCGGGGGCGCCAGCGCGCGGUGUGGCUUCGGCACUGCGACGCCGUGUCCUCCCUCAGCCUCGACGAGGGCGCCGGGCUGCUCUACUCGGCCUCGUGGGACAGGACCUUCAAGGUGUGGCGCGUGUCCGACUCCAAGUGCCUCGAGUCCGUCAGCGCGCACGACGACGCCGUCAACACCGUGGCCGCCGCCGGGUUCGACAGCGUCGUGUUCACCGGGUCGGCCGACGGCACCGUCAAGGUGUGGCGGCGGGAGAUGGCCGCGAAGGGCGACGCGACGAGGCAUGUCCUGGAGAAGGUGCUGAGGAAGGGCGAGGGCGCGGUCACCGCCAUCGACGUGUCGCCCGAGGACCGCGUCGUGUACGUGGGCUCGUCGGACGGGCUGGUCACCUACUGGCACUGGGUCGACGGCGAGGCGAGAUAUGGUGGUGUGCUCAAGGGCCACAAGAUGGCGGUGAUGUGCCUGGCGGUGGCCGGCAACGUCGUCGUGAGCGGCUCGGCCGACCGGACCCUCUGCGUGUGGCGUCGCGACGGGGCAGAGCACGUGGGUCUCGCCGUUCUGGCCGGACACACCGGGCCCGUGAAGUGCGUCGCCAUGGACGAGGAGGCCGCGGCCGCCGGUUCGGGCGGUGAUCGGCGGUUCGUGGUGUACAGCGGAAGCCUGGACGGGUCGGUCAAGGUGUGGCGCCUGUCGGACGCGGAAGCAGAGACGGCCACGACAGUGCGGGUGACGGAGCGCACAGCAGCAGCAGCACCGGCGCAGCCGUCGCAGGUGUGGAGAGGCCAGCCGGCCCCGUCGCCGUACGCGGAAGCGUGGGCGCCGUGCCAGACGCCGGAGCUGAAGCGCGUGCGCGUGGCAGCUGCGUGAGGUCGGAAGCAAUGGUGCGCUGGCCACAGUUCUGCAAGAAGGGAACAGAGCAGUCAUCCAGCGGCAGGUUCAGGAGUGAGGAGCCAUUUUGGACCCCUAUUGGUGAAGGCCUCCUUGCUCAGUCAGCGUGCGUGCAGAGCAAGCAUGUAUGCGCUUCCAACAGUGAACCGGCCCGUCUUCUCAUAGCGCCAUGCAUGGCGAUCUUGCAACGCCUGAGAUGAUAGCUUGAUCUGGCUGGUGGCUUCCACAUCAUAAUCGUGGAAUAGCUGGUGCAAUAGUGGAAUGUCCCAGUCAUUAGGGUUUGGUAAGAUCAACUGAUUUACCCACCUUUAAGGCCAUCUGAGGGAUCCAAUUACUGCGCGGAAAUUUGAAUGAUGCUCCCGUUCUUGGUUAAAUAACCGCA